AUGUGUGACAACAAUUUAAUGGGAGGGGGAGAAUUAAAGAGAUUAACGGGUUUACAUGAAAACAGUGUGAGAGGCAGAGGGCUUUCCAAACAUAGAGAAAAGUCAGAGAGCUGUUUGGUGAUUAUGGUUAAGCUCUCAAGAUAUGGUACCCUUUAUUUUCCAAGCUGGAAUGGAUUCAUCUAUGUUGUUAAAGCUUCUGAUGGGUCCCUGGUUUGGAAGAAGAACUUGCAUGCAUUAACUGGGUUUAAUGCAACUGGUUUUGUUUUGAAAGUCAACUGGACGGUAUCAAGAUCAACCCCAACAGUCGUUGCCGAUCAUGACCUUUUGAUUGUUGGAAUCUAUGGGCAUGCUGUUGUUAUUGCCCUUCAACGAUCAACAGGGAAGCUCAUAUGGUCAACCCUACUUGACACUCAUGCCGCAAGUCUCAUAACCAUGUCCGGAACAUACUACAAAGGGAGUUUAUACAUGGGAACGGCAUCACUAGAAGAAACUCUUAGCAAUGAGGAAUGUUGUACCUUCCGUGGCAGCUUUGCCAAAUUAGAUGUCAAAUCUGGUACCAUCUUAUGGCAGACCUUUGUGCUGCCUGAUAAUCAUGGAAAGCUAGGGCAAUAUUCCGGGGCAGCUAUAUGGGGGAGUAGUCCAUCCAUCGACGUCCAUAGAAAACAGGAGGUUGGACCUGGUGGGAUUACUGGAGGAGGAACUUGGGGAGCAGCUACUGACAAGAAAAGGGUGUACACCAACAUUGCUGACUCUGAGGGCAAAAACUUCACUCUUAAGCCAUCUAACAACAUAACAACCGCGGGUGGAUGGGUGGCAAUGGAUUCUCGCAGUGGCAAAGUCCUGUGGUCAACGGUCAAUCCAAGCAAUGCAACUUCGUCUGGCACAGUUAGUGUGGCUAAUGGUGUGCUAUUUGCUGGGUCCACAAAUCCCAAAGGAUCCAUAUACGCAAUGAACACCAGAACUGGAAAAAUUCUGUGGUCGAAUGAGACCGGAGCAACCGUGUAUGGUGGCAUGUCAAUAAGCAACGGCUGCAUUUACGUUGGAAAUGGAUAUGAUGUUGGAAUUGGAUCCCUAACUCCAACGUUCACUGGCGGCACCUCUCUCUUCGCCUUUUGUGUGACGUGA